CUCACGCGUCACCUGAAGGAAUGACCAUCGCUAUGGCCGGUCUAUCGACGACGGAAAUAUGUGAAAACACAAGGCUGGCGCGCGAGAUGGCGAUGGUGGGCAACUACGAUUCGGCCGGCAUCUACUACGAGGGAGUGCUGCAGAUGCUCCGCAAGCUAUUGGUCGGUCUGCACGAACCGCUGAAGAAGGGCAAAUGGUUGGCGAUCCAGCAGGAAAUUAGCAAAGAGUACAAUCAGAUGAAGCAAACACAGAAGACAAUCACGGAGAUAACGAUGGACCUGCAGAACGCUCCGCUCCAGGCCCGAAUUCAGACUCCGCUGCACGAGACCACCAAGGAUCCGGCCGCCUGGUUCCGGGCCGAUCCCGAUGUUUGGAUGCCUCCGCCGAUCAGGCGUGUCGAUCCGGACGUGUGGGCACCGGCACCGGACAUGCCACAGGUUUCCGAUCAACGCCGGAGUGUUGCACCCCGCACUCAGUCUCGUUCCGGGACGGCCCUGAAUCGAAAGUCAGAAGUGAAUCGAAGAAAUGCCGCCACCAAAUCGGCCACCGCAUCGUCGUCGACUGUUGGUCGGGCCAAAGCGGGCCAGUCCCGUGCUACUGGCCCCACGAAUGGCAGCGCAUCCCGCACCAGCACCCUCAGUCGGGCCCACCGAUCGCAGGGUGCAGCAUCGUCGUCCUCGGCCGGUCCGCGAGGAGCGGCACCCGUCGGCGAAACGAAUGGCACGGCUAGUGAAAAGAGCGACAAGGAGAAGGCGGAUGACGACGAUGCGAACGGUGGUGGCAGUACGCCGGAGGAAGCGGAACGAAAGUUCGAACCGGCCAGCCACGGCGACGUCGAUUUGGUCGAUAUGCUCGAGCGCGACAUCCUACAGAAGAAUCCCAACAUCCACUGGGACGACAUUGCCGACCUGCACGAGGCGAAGCGAUUGCUGGAGGAGGCGGUCGUGCUGCCGAUGUGGAUGCCCGAUUACUUCAAGGGCAUCAGGCGGCCGUGGAAGGGCGUGCUGAUGGUGGGACCACCGGGAACGGGCAAAACAAUGCUCGCCAAAGCGGUAGCAACCGAGUGCGGGACGACGUUCUUCAACGUGUCCUCAUCGACGCUCACGUCCAAGUAUCGCGGGGAAUCGGAGAAACUCGUUCGCCUACUGUUUGAGAUGGCCCGCUUUUACGCACCGAGCACUAUCUUUAUCGACGAAAUCGACUCGCUGUGUUCGCGGCGUGGUUCCGAGUCGGAACACGAAGCGUCGCGGCGCGUCAAAUCGGAACUGCUGGUGCAGAUGGAUGGUGUGAGCAAUGAUGAGGCAACCAAAAUUGUGAUGGUACUGGCGGCCACCAACUUCCCAUGGGACAUCGACGAGGCGCUACGGCGGCGGCUCGAGAAGCGUAUCUACAUCCCGCUACCAAACAGUGAGGGGCGCGAAGCACUGCUCAAGAUCAACCUGCGAGAGGUGAAGGUGGAUGAGUUGGUCGAUAUGCGAGACAUAGCCGACCGACUGGAUGGUUACUCGGGCGCCGACAUUACCAACGUGUGCCGGGACGCGUCGAUGAUGUCGAUGCGACGUAAAAUUGCCGGCCUGCGACCGGAACAGAUCCGGCAGCUCGCAAAGGAAGAGCUCGAUCUCCCAGUUUCCAAGCAGGACUUCAAAGAGGCCAUCGCAAAGUGCAACAAGAGCGUAUCCAAAGACGAUCUGGCAAAGUACCAGCAGUGGAUGAAGGAGUUCGGUUCGUCCUGAAAUCGCCCCUUGUUGUUGCAUGCCUGGCGAGAGGACAACACGAGGCGGAAUUCGAACGAAGAGCUGUAUAGGGGGGGACCAUGCGACACGUUUGUGAUCAUUGACAGUGAGGUUUUUAGGGUAGACGGAACUGAGCAAAGGGCGUUCAGAAAAGUGGCCUGAAAUAGGAGCGAUUGUGAGAUGAAUGAAACAUUUUAAUGUGUAUGUGUGUGUUUGUGUGAUAAUGUCGAAAGUGUGGUCGACGGAUACAGAGGGAAAAAGGAGACUGCAUUGACUUUUGCUAAAUUAUUACGUCCUAAGCCGGUGCCACUUUCGCUUCUCAGCAAGCCAUUCAAAGUUCCUCAGGACGAUCAGCAAACACACACACCCGUAACCGAUAGGUCUUCGCCUUGGACUUUGGGAGUGUUGACACUCGCUCGGUUCCUUUUUGCUGCUAGUUCUCCCACGUAUGUCCCCACGAAGCUGAGGAAGAGCGCACGAACCGGGAAGGGCAAGCUUUUCCUCAACAGUCGCAGCGAUGAUUCAGAGAAGAGCUUAUAAAAACCGAUUAAAUUAUGCCUUUUAUGCGAACCGCGAAGCGUUUGUCCACUUUUCGAAGGUUUGUUUUCAACUACGUUCAUUUUGCUUUUUACUUUUACUAAUACUGAUAAUGAUGAUAAUGUUAAUUACAAUA